AAUUAUGUUUUACAGCAAAUUUUAUAUUAUUGGAAUAUUUUAAAUUUUACCUCAAAAAAGCAACUGCUCAAGCAGUAAAAGACUGCAAAAUGUUCACUCCUCAGCAGUCAUUUAACCCACAAUACCAACCCACGACAGCAGGAACACAGCAACAGCCCCCUACAGCAGUUGCUGCUGCUCCAACUGCAGUUACCCCUCCAGUCAGACCUGCAGUUGGGGAUCCAAGGUUUCCGAUUGUUGGUACGUCAAAAGCCAUAGACUUCCAAGCACCAGCCCGUCCAAAUGUGGGUCAGAUUGGAAAACCAAUCUGGCUGAAAGCAAAUUAUUUUAAAGUAUCCAUUCCUAAUGGAGAUAUUCAUCAUUAUGACAUUGAUAUCCAUCCAGACAAAUGCCCAAGGAGAGUUAACAGAGAAAUUAUUGAAACAAUGGUGGGAAAUUAUCGUACUGCAAUCUUCCAAGACAGAAAUCCAGUGUUUGAUGGCCGUAAAAACCUCUACACAGCACAGCCACUGCCUAUUGAUAAUCAGAAGCUUGAAGUGGAGGUGACAUUACCUGGGGAAGGCAAGGAUCGUACUUUUCGGGUUGCAAUAAAAUGGUGCGCUCGUGUAUCUCUCUAUUCAUUGAAAUUGGCAUUGGAUGGAAAAAUGCAUGGAAUUCCGUUUGAAACUGUGCAGGCGUUAGACGUUGUCAUGCGUCAUUUACCUUCCAUGAAAUAUACACCUGUCGGUCGAUCAUUCUUUUCAUCUCCAGAAACAUCAACUCCAUCUCUUGGGCAUGGAAGAGAAGUUUGGUUUGGUUUUCAUCAAUCUAUGAGGCCUUCGCAAUGGAAGAUGAUGCUAAAUAUUGAUGUUUCUGCCACUGCUUUCUACAAAGCUCAGUCUUGCGUUGAUUUCUUAUGUGAAGUGUUAGAGAUUCACCGUGAUGAUUUACACAUGAUUAGAAGUUUGACAGACUCUCAAAGAGUCAAGUUUACAAAAGAGAUUAAAGGAUUGAAGGUUGAAAUAACCCACUGUGGAUCGGCAAAACGAAAGUACAGAGUGUGCAAUGUAACUCGACGUGCUGCUUCUCAUCAAACAUUUCCAUUGCAACUUGAAUCAGGACAAACCAUAGAAUGUACUGUCGCUCGAUACUUCCAGGAAAAACAUCAGCGUACUUUAUCGUUUCCAUUCCUACCUUGCUUACAAGUGGGUCAGGAACAGAAGCAUACAUAUCUUCCUAUUGAAGUUUGUAAUAUUGUUGCUGGACAGAGAUGCAUCAAGAAAUUAACUGAUAUCCAAACCUCAACCAUGAUUAAGGCUACUGCAAGAUCUGCUCCAGAUCGUGAAAAUGAAAUUGCCAACUUGGUGAAAAAGGCUCAAUUCAACAGAGAUCCUUACGUCAAAGAAUUUGGCAUUCAGGUUAUUGAUGAAAUGACGGAGGUCAGAGGUCGGGUUUUGCCGCCACCCAAGAUUCAAUAUGGAGGGGAUCAAUUUGAAAACAGAAUGCAAGCGACUCCAAAUCAGGGAGUCUGGGAUAUGAGAGGAAAACAAUUUCAUGCAGGAAUUAGUAUUGAAGUUUGGGCAAUUGCUUGCUUUGCCCAUCAAAGAAUGUGUACUGAUCAGCAUCUUAGACAAUUUAUCAAGCAGUUACAAAGAAUAUCCGAAGAUGCUGGAAUGCCAAUCAAGGGAACACCGGUCUUUUGUAAAUACGCCCAAGGAUCUGAUCAAGUUGAACCUUUAUUCAGGCAUCUCUGCCACGAAUUCAAAGCAUUGCAGUUAAUUGUAGUCGUUCUUCCUGGGAAAACUCCUGUUUAUGCUGAAGUGAAAAGAGUUGGUGACACUCUGCUCGGAAUCGCAACUCAAUGUGUACAAAUGAAAAAUGUCACUAGAACUUCUCCUCAAACUUUAUCCAACUUAUGCCUGAAAAUCAACGUCAAACUAGGAGGAGUCAACAACAUUCUGGUUCCAAGCAUCAGGCCGACUGUAUUCAAUGAACCUGUGAUAUUCUUCGGUGCAGACGUCACACACCCACCAGCUGGUGACAUGAGGAAGCCAUCUAUUGCUGCUGUCGUAGGGAGUAUGGAUGCCCAUCCAUCUCGUUACUGUGCUACUGUCCGUGUUCAACAACAUCGUCAAGAAAUAAUCCAGGAUCUCAGUACGAUGGUCAGAGACCUGAUGAUUGAAUUUUAUCGAGCAACACACUACAAACCUGUCAGAGUCAUCAUGUAUCGUGAUGGUGUGUCGGAAGGACAAUUUAAUCAGGUGUUGUCUCACGAACUAAGGGCCAUUCGAGAAGCUUGCACCAAACUUGAGGUCGGAUAUCAACCAGGAAUCACAUUUAUAAUCGUGCAAAAACGCCAUCAUACUCGUCUGUUUUGUCGUAACAAGGAAGAUAAGAUUGGAAAGAGCGGAAACAUUCCUGCCGGUACAACAGUUGAUUUGGGAAUCUGCCAUCCUACUGAAUUUGAUUUCUACUUGUGCAGUCAUGCUGGAAUUCAGGGGACUUCAAGACCAUCUCAUUAUCAUGUACUUUGGGAUGAUAACAGUUUUACAGCAGAUGAUCUCCAGAUACUGACAUACCAGCUAUGUCACACUUACGUUCGAUGUACAAGAUCUGUGUCCAUCCCUGCUCCAGCUUACUAUGCUCAUCUUGUAGCAUUCCGUGCCAGAUAUCAUCUAGUCGACAAGGAUUAUGACAGUGGCGAAGGUUCUUCUCACCAAAGUGGAUUCUCUCAACACGAUGCUACUGCACAAUUUCAAGCGAUGGCAAAAGCAGUUAUCGUUCAUCCCAACACUGGACGCAACAUGUAUUUUGCUUGAAAAAGAUGUCUUUCGUUUUUUGUGCAAAAAUUGAUUGAUCUGCCGGAUCAGCCACGAAGUGCACUAUAAAGAAGGCUGUAUGCUACUUUUGUUUGGAUUGACUCUAUAUCAAAAAUUUAAUAAGUAACCACAAUCGCUCACAAUGACCUAAUUAUUUUUGCUUUUAUUAUGAAUAUAGAAUCUUUCAGCAUGAUCUAGUAGUAAUUCUUACACAUGGCCAACCUAACGUAACACGGUGCCUAGCUUAUUUGUUUUCAUGUGUUGUUUUUAAUGUACCAAUGUAUCUGUGAUGAGGUGACGUAAUUUAUUGAAACCGACUUAUUUAUUGCAAGCGAUAAAAUGCCAUAUUUUAUACGACAUCGUCCACAUAGCAGGAGCAAUUGCAGUGCCGUUUGAACCUGUGAUUAGCUAAAUUUACAUUUCCAUUCUUCGUUCUUCCGUUUAGUUUUUAUUAUGCCCAAAGAAGCCGAUAUUUUCUUUGUUCUCACUCGCUGUUGCCGAAGUCUAAACAUGUCAUUUCUAUCUCUCCUUUAUAGCCUGAAAUACAAAACUUUGAAACACGUCAGGAAGACGUUAAAAACUUCACACAUGGCACUUCAUUCUUACACGAUAUGACAAUAUGCGAGCGCUAAAAUAAAUCUCUCUUUACUGUGUUCUUAAAACAGUGAAACAGUUUUUCUUGAAAUAGUUGAAUUUUGUCAACUACUGUUUUUAUUUACUACAUACAUUUACCUAUACAGACUAACAAUUCCCAGGACAUAAAUCUGAGCGUUUGUGAUAUUCUCGUUACCGCAAACUUACUCAACAUUCUCCAAUUUUUGCAAGACUUGCUGCCUUCAUAAACAUUAUUAAUAAUUGUACCUCCCAUAUCGAUGACCAAUUAUUUGAUCUUUGAUUAAGCUGUACGUGCCAAAUUGAAAACGAGUCGACUCAGAAUUUUCCAUUGUGUCAUUUGAGAUUCAAGUGUGGAUGUUUUACCCCAUUAAUCAGUUAAAUUAUGGUAAUUAUAUUCUAUCGCAUUCUAUUUUAAAAUAUGAAAACAAUUCAGUCAUUCAUUCCAUGUGCUGUUGAAGAUGACUGUAGAAACGUCCAUUCUCAGAGCCUAUAUCUUCAUGUAAUAAAGUGCCCAAAUAUUUUCUCACUGAUGGAAACGCUCUAGAAAUUCUCUAUCAUUCGUAUAUGUGCCAGUCCGUUUGAACUAAACUAAUGAAAUAUCUUCCUCAUCGUGAAUUUAUAAUUUUCUUCAACUAAGAGUAUGUUAAGGGUGUUGUUGAGAUUUUUUUUCAAUAAAUUUUUCAGUAAAUUAGCACCAUGACAUUAUCAUUUAUCAUUGCAAAAUAAAAAAAAAAAUUUAGUAUCAUGAUAUCAAUAAAAAUGCAAAAUUAAAUCAGUACUGAUUGCUUAGAAAGGUCCGACACUUAAGUCUUUUGAGAUUGAGGGUAUGUUACAUUCUUUGUCACAAUUUUUUGGCUCUUUGAUGAUUUGAAACUAUAUCCAAAUUAAUUUUAAUUUUUAAAACUAAACGCAGCUCAAAUGAAUUUUAAUAAAAGAAAAUAACACACCUCUCAAAUGCUCCAUCUCAUUCUCAGAAAUUGUGUGAUUUUAUCCAGCAAAUAUUUCAACGCUUGGAAACAAAACUUUUUGAAUUUCAACUCCUACUACAAUGCUGAAUUACAUGUCAUGGUAUUUUUUUAAAUUUAUCUGCCCCUUGCUUCCAAUAGAGACCGUUACUGUCAGAUACACUUUUUCUAAUUUCAUUUGUGUUGUUUAAACGUAGAUGCGAAAGUAUGUUUGUUUCCCUAACUGCUCUGCUUAUGGUUAAAUUUGUAGCAUUAAUUUGUGCAUUUAUGACUUACAAUUUGGUAGAUUUUUAUUCUUUCACACUUCAAAAGUGGCCACCCAUUUGUCAUGCGUUAUAGCCUUCUCUAGUCAGUGGCAAAUUUCUUGGUGGCAUUUCCUAAUUUUUGUGGAAAAAUUGUGGUUCGAAUUUUAGGUUGUACUUUUUCUUUAUCACAAAAGCUUUUUUGCUGAAUGUAAGCUUUUUUAUUCCUGCUUCGAUUGUUGUCACACCUAUAUUGGACUGAUUUAUUAUAUGUAAAUCAGACAUUGUGAAAAUCGGUUAACUCCAUGAUUGUUUAUCGUUGGUUGAAUAGAGUAGCUAGUUGGAAAAUAUAUGUGGCUGAGUACCGUCAUUGUCAAUGCUUUGAGAGAGCAGUAGCCAAUAUUUGAUGUCCUUCAUUGUGUCUUCAAUUGUGUAUUUUUCCAUCAUGUAAUCUCGAUUUUAGAUUUUGACUAAAUUUUUUUUUUCGCAGGAGUGAAUGAAUCGUCUUUGCUUUCUAUGUCAUAUUAUUGCAACAUGUACCUAAUGAAGUUAUUCAAUAUUCAUCAUAACAUAUUAAAUAUUAUCCCUAAAUGUCAUUGUCAAUAUAAUAUCGAUUAACACUCAAUUUAGAAGCAACACAAUCAAUUUUAUUUGCUUUAUGGCCUAAUGAGAGAUUGAUUUUUAGAUCGGUACAGCAAUAUUUUAUUGUAUUGGUUAUACGACUAAUACAAGGUUUGAUUUUUAAAUUAUUGCCGCCCAUAACUUGUAAAUAAGCUUGAGCAAGAAUUUUAUGUUACAUGCCUAUACUAACAAAAAUUUUCAGUCUUUAUUUGUGCACAAGGACAUUUUAAAGGUAGUUAGUUUCCUUGUCUGGAAAUUAACCAGACAUUAUUGAAAAUGUCUCCCUAUUUAAAUAUCUGUCAAUAGCACUUUACAGCCGUCGCUGUAUAAUUUUUCAUCAGUGUAGAUCCGUGAUUUACUUUGACAUAUAUAUUCAAUUCAAUACGAUGUUUUUGCUGAAAACGCACGCCAGGCAAAGUUCAAAUUUCAAGCAACC